AUGGACUUGUUUCGGAAGAACAAUGAUAGCCGUGGUUGUGAUAUUGCCAGCGUUCGCAAGGCACUGAUGAUGAUGAAGGGUCUUCACCGUGAGCCGUCGUCCGGAGGAGCAGGCGGCGCCAGUGGUGGCGGUGGCGAGGGUGCGGGGAUUAGAAGAAUGCCGUUCCCACCUGGAUAUUUUGGUGCUUCUCGACCACCUUCCCGUCUGGAACGAUCUUUGCUCCGCGGAUUUAAGAAGACUCCAUCGGUCGGGGACCAGACUGAAUUAACGGCACAGCUGACAAUCUUUUAUGCUGGAAUGAUCAGUGUGUACGACGACGUUCCUGCUGACAAGGCCCAGGCUAUUAUGCUUUUAGCAAAUCAAUGCUCUGUAGAAGUAGAACCCCUUCAAGUCCAGAAUGUGACAAAAGCAGAUGCUACCACCAAACCAAUUCCAAGAUCCAAUUCACCAUCACUCGCCAAUGUCCCAGAAGACCUUCCAAUUGCCAGGCGACACUCCCUCAGGCGUUUCCUGGAGAAGCGUCGUGACAGGAUAGUAAACAAGUUUCCUUAUGCUUCUUCGGACGACAGAUGA